UUCCAGCAGCAAGUAUGGCAAUGAAAACAAAGGCAAUUUGUCUCCUCACUUCCUGGUUUCCAACUGUUCGUUGCUGGUUUUUUUCUGCUGCUUUUUCCUCCUUGAACUUGCAGGUGAAGAUGGCUGCGGAGGAGAAGGGGAAAGGCUGCGCUCCGGAGCAGCAGGCGGAGGCUGAGCCCGGCGGGGAGAGGGAGCCGGGCGCGCUGCGGGGCCGGCAGCUGCCCGAGGCCGGCAGGUUCGCGUACGCCGCGCUCUGCGGGAUAUCCCUCGCCUGGCUGUUCCCUGAAAACGAGCAAAGCUCCUUCAGGACAGAAUUCAUCAAAGACUUUGUGAAGUGGCUGGACCUCCCUGAUGCUGUCUUACCUGCCAUGACAGCCUUUGCUGAUGGCUUGGGAGGUGAGGGCACAGAAACUUUCACUGAAAUUUUGCUGAAGGAUCCCAUCUUGAAAGAAAAUCCACUUCUCAUUACCCAGGACCUUUUAUCGUUCUCUCUUCGAGAUGGAUCCUAUGAUGCUCGUGCCAGGGUGUUGAUCUGCCGUGUCAGCUGGCUGCUGAGAAUUCCCUUGGAAGAUCUGGAAGUCCUGGAGGAAUCUCUGCUUGAGAGCCUGAAGGAACAAAAAGAGGAAGAGUCAGAAACUGCGGAAGUCUCAAGAAAAAAGAAGGAGAAAAGGAAGAAGCUGAAGAGAUACCUGCUGAUCGGUCUGGCAACUGUUGGGGGUGGAACAGUGAUUGGUCUGACAGGAGGCCUGGCUGCCCCUCUGGUUGCUGCGGGAGCUGCCACGAUCAUCGGGAGUGCUGGAGCAGCUGCUUUGGGAUCCACUGCUGGGAUUGCUGUCAUGGCAUCCCUUUUUGGAGCAGCAGGAGCUGGACUUACUGGAUACAAAAUGAAGAAACGUGUGGGAGCCAUAGAAGAGUUUGAAUUCCUCCCACUUACGGAAGGGAAGCAGCUCCACAUCACCAUAGCAAUCACUGGAUGGCUGUGCACUGGCAAAUAUGGGAGCUUCACAGCCCCGUGGAGCAGCAUGUUGCACUCGAGUGAGCAGUACUGCCUGGCCUGGGAAUCCAAGUACUUGAUGGAGCUUGGCAACGCCUUGGAUUCCCUGCUGAAUGGCUUUGUGAACAUGAUGGCUCAAGAAGCCCUAAAAUUCACUGUCUUGUCAGGGAUUGUGACAGCCUUGACUUGGCCAGCAUCACUCCUGACUGUUGCCAGUGUCAUUGACAACCCCUGGGGAGUGUGUCUGCAUCGCUCUGCUGAAGUGGGCAAGCACCUUGCACACAUCCUGCUCAGCAGACAGCAGGGCCAGAGACCUGUCACUCUGAUUGGCUUCAGCCUGGGUGCCAGAGUCAUUUACUUCUGCCUGCAGGAAAUGGCUCAGGAAAAAGACUCACAAGGGAUCAUUGAAGAUGUUGUCUUACUGGGAGCUCCAGUGGAAGGAGAGGCCAAGCACUGGAGAGCUCUCACCAGAGUGGUGUCAGGCAGGAUCAUAAAUGGCUUCUGCAGGGGGGACUGGCUGCUGAGCUUUGUUUACAGAACCUCCUCUGUCCAGCUCAACGUUGCAGGCCUCCAGCCAGUCGACCUGGAUGACAGGAGGAUGGUGAACAUGGACCUUUCCUCUGUGGUCAAGGGCCACCUGGACUACAUGAAGCAGAUGGACACGAUCCUAAAAGCUGUGGGCAUUAAAACCAAGGACUGCCAGCUGGAAGAGAGGGGCAGUGGCAGUCUUUUUUCCCCUCAAGCCAAGAAAUCCCAGCGGGCAGCUGGCAGCGAGGCUCAGGGAGAGGAAAACACCAGGAAGGAGGAGGAUGAGGCUGGGAGUGAGGCUCUCCCAGCUGGCUGUGCUCACCGACAGAAUUCCUCCAGCUCUGCCCUGGGAGAACCCUCUCCUCCCUGCCCAGACUGCUCACACAGCACAGACAGCAAGGACCAGGCAGUGGGGAAGGGAGCAAAUUAGGGCAGAGCUGCUCAGCCAGCACAAAAACCGCUGUCAGCACAUCCGUGGCUCGGGGAUUCCCAGAGGAUGGAGCUGGCGGAGCUGCAGCUGCAGUUUCCAGCCCCUCCGGAGAAAAGCGUGGCCCUGGCACGGCACCGGAUCAAAGCAUUGGAGCAGCCGCCCACGGCACCUCCCCGAGGCGAGAGAGGGCACAUUCCUGCCGGAGUCUGUCUGCCCUGCUCCAAGGAAUCCGACAGAUCCCAUCCAAAUCCUUGCAGGAAGCAGCUGCACCCCUCGGCACCGUGUCCCUGCUGUGACUGGGGAAAGCAGGUGGCUCCGAGGGGAUUUUAAACAUUUCACAGAGAAGGGUUCAUUAUUAGGAAAUUAAAACCAUUUUCCACUGGAGAUGAGUCUGGUUUGAGGAUCUCAGAUGUGUUCCAGGCUCUACCUGCCCCACUCUGGACAGAUCUGGAUCUGCUCUCCAGCUCUGCUGAUCAGGAGGGGAAAGGCUCAG